UUCCCCAGCCUCUCCUAAUGAGGCAUAAACUGGAGCUGCAGCUCAGCUCCGCACUGCAACUUUCAGUCGGGCUGCAGCUCUGCUGAGACGGUUUUGUUUAAAUCAUGUGAGGCUUCAUUAUUUUUAUGAUGAGACAUGAAAUAGAUGCAGGCGGAAGAUGUUGAUGGAAGGAGGGAGCGCGGCUGCCGCGCGGCACGUCUCAAGUAUACAAAUGCUCUCAGUCCAGCCAGACACCAAGCCGAAAGGUUGUGCUGGCUGCAACCGAAAGAUCAAGGACCGGUAUCUUCUAAAGGCACUGGACAAAUACUGGCAUGAAGACUGCCUGAAGUGCGCCUGCUGCGACUGUCGCUUGGGAGAGGUGGGCUCCACCCUGUACACUAAAGCUAAUCUUAUCCUUUGUCGCAGAGACUAUCUGAGGCUCUUUGGUGUCACGGGAAACUGCGCUGCCUGUAGUAAGCUCAUUCCUGCCUUUGAGAUGGUGAUGCGUGCCAAGGACAACGUCUACCACCUGGACUGCUUUGCAUGUCAGCUUUGUAAUCAGAGAUUUUGUGUUGGAGAUAAAUUUUUCCUAAAGAAUAACAUGAUCCUUUGCCAGACGGACUACGAGGAAGGUUUAAUGAAAGAAGGCUAUGCACCCCAGGUUCGCUGAUCUAUCACCCCAAUAAGAAUACAAAAAGCACUACAUUCUUUUAUCUUUUUUGCUCCACGUGUAUAUAAGAAUUGACACAGGAACCAACUGAAUAGCGUAGAUAUAGGAAAGCAGGAUGGUUCUAUUGGAAUAAAAGGCGGACUGCAUCUGUAUGUAGUGAAAUGGCCCCAGUUCAGAGUUGAAUGUUUAUUAUUAAAGAAAACAGUAAUGUACAUAUUGCUGGAUUUUUUUGCUUGCUAUUCGUUUUUGUGUCACUUGGCAUGAGAUGUUUAUUUUGGACUAUUGUAUAUAAUGUAUUGUAAUAUUUGAAGCACAAAUGUAAUACAGUUUUAUUGUGUUACCAUUUGUGUUCUGUUUGCUUUGUAUUGUUGCAUUUAGUACAAUCAGUGUUGAAACUUACUGUAUAUUUAUGCUUUCUGUAUCUACCAGCUAUUUUAAAUGAGCUGUAACUUUCUAGUAAAGAAUUGAAGAGCAAAUCUCACUAAUGAUACACAUAUAGAUAAAGCAAGUCUAUCAACGUUAAAAAUACUAAAAAAUAAAAUCACACACAAAGCAUUUUAGCAACAUCCAUUAUUAUUGCCAUUAUGAUUUAGUGUUCCCGUUAUAACCCCCUAUUUUCAGGGGGUUAAAGAUCAGCUUUAAAAAAAUACAUACAAAUUCAACCUUACAGCACUUUCAUUUUACAACAUAUGAAAAGUGCCAUUUUUAGAAUGACUUUAAAACUUAACCAUUAUCCUUUUACUAUCCUUUUUUGUGCUUUUCUGCCAAUAGAAUGACUUUGUUUAUUUUCAGCCAUUCACCUCUUAUGUGACCUAGUG